GGACGUAAACAGAGCAGCAGAGCUCAGCAAACCGUCCACCGGAGCGACGCACAAAGCUGCUCCUGGCUUCGUGUUCCUGCGACUAAACGGCCGCUUAGGCUAUUCGGUUAUUUCUUUCCAACUUCAGCUACAGUGAUAGCUAAGUUUGGAAAGGAGAAAAGGGGAAAAACGCCGUGCCUUUUUCCGUUUCUGAGUCCUUGUCGACAGUUUGAUGCAACGGUAGCCUCGGUUGACCUCCUUUCCAUUACAAUAGAGGGGCUAGCAUAAAGCGAAAAAUAUCCCCCUACGUCGUUGUGCUAUUUGGACGGCUUUAAAAUGGACAACUCUGGACCUAAGAAGACAUGCUGUGAAUCCAUUCAAGAUUUCUUCACUUCGGCUAAAUUUCUUAUUUACAUGGGACAUGCACUGUCAACAUGGGGUGACCGAAUGUGGAACUUUGCUGUGGCUGUUUUCCUGGUCGAGCUGUAUGGGAACAGCCUGCUGCUGACGGCCGUGUACGGGCUGGUGGUGGCCGGCUCCGUGCUCCUGCUGGGGGCCAUCAUUGGGGACUGGGUGGACAGAAACCCCAGACUCAAAGUGGCCCAGACUUCGCUGCUUGUCCAGAACAGUUGUGUCAUUGCAUGCGGGAUCCUCCUGAUGGUUGUUUUCCAGUUCAAAGAACAGCUCGUGGAGCUUUACAAUGGAUGGAUUCUGACAACCUGCUACAUUCUGGUCAUCACCAUUGCCAACAUCGCGAACCUCGCCAGCACGGCCACAUCCAUCACCAUCCAGAGGGACUGGGUGGUGGUUGUGGCAGGUCAGGACAGCAGCAGGUUGGCAGACAUGAAUGCCACAGUGCGGAUUAUUGACCAGCUGACCAACAUCUUGGCUCCGAUGUUAGUGGGGCAGAUCAUGGCCUUUGGCUCCCAUUACAUUGGCUGUGGCUUCAUCUCUGGCUGGAACUUGUGCUCCAUGUGUGUGGAGUACGCCCUGCUGUGGAAGGUCUACCAAAAGACACCAGCGUUGGCUGUGAAAGCCGGACAGAAGGAGCAGCAGCAGGAGCUCAAACAGCUGAGCCCCACAAGAGAUUUGGAGAACGGCCAGAGUCCUGAAGAGUCGUCUCAGCCUUUGAUGAAUGAAACCUCAUUAGUGGCCAAGCCUGAUUCUCCCAAACAGACAGGCUGUUGCUACCAGGUGUCUGAACCCCUGCGCACCUUCAAGUCCGGCUGGGUGGCCUACUACAACCAAAACAUCUUCUUUGCUGGCAUGUCUCUGGCCUUCCUCUACAUGACAGUACUGGGCUUCGACUGCAUCACCACAGGCUAUGCCUACACACAGGGCCUCAACGGCUCUGUGCUCAGCCUGCUGAUGGGGGCCUCGGCCGUCUCGGGGAUCUGUGGCACCGUUGCCUUCACUUGGGUUCGCAAGAAGUGUGGCCUGAUCCGCACAGGCUUCAUCUCAGGUGUGGCCCAGCUCUCCUGCCUCAUGCUGUGCGUUGUCUCUGUCUUCGCCCCCGGAAGCCCCUUCGACCUCAGCGUCUCACCCUUCCAGGACAUUUACGCCCACCUGAUAGGAGAGAAGACCCUGCCUGAGGCAGAACACAGUGCUUUCACCAUUUUCAACACCACUACUGCUGCACCAGCUGAAGAGCUGCCACCUCUGCAGUCCUACAUGUCUGUUAGUCUGCUGUUUGCUGGCGUCAUUGCUGCUAGAGUUGGUCUGUGGUCUUUUGACCUGACAGUAACCCAACUCAUCCAGGAGAAUGUGAUUGAGUCAGAGCGAGGUGUGAUCAACGGCGUCCAGAACUCCAUGAAUUACCUCUUAGACCUUCUGCACUUCAUCAUGGUGAUUCUGGCUCCUAACCAAGAGGCCUUUGGCCUGCUGGUCAUCAUCUCUGUCUCUUUUGUGGCCAUGGGUCACACCAUGUACUUUCGGUUUGCCUUCAAGAGCCUGGGCAGCCGCCUCUUCCUCUGCUGCUCGCCAGAGCAGAAGGUAGAGACGGAUGACAGCCCCUCACUUCCUACCACUGUCUAACCCCUUUAAAGAGACUCUGUCCUGGGUACAUACUGCUCAAGCCUUACCCGUCCCCUGCGUCUUAUUUAUCCAACUAACAUCACUGUUGUAGCUGGCUGAAUGCUAAUGCUAACGUAAACCAGAGUAUGGUAACUUAACAUGCUAUGCGUAACCAUUCAUAAAGCAUUAAUCAUGAGCAGAAGGAGAUUAGAAGAAAGCUUACAGUCACAGAAAACUAAUCUGUAGUGAGACUUUAGAGAAGGCAGGGUUUCUGUAACAUUUUCAGUCAGAUGAGAGCCUCAGCCUUUCAUUUGUGGAUCCAUGCUCCUCAACACAUACAUGUGUCAAAUAAGGAUCCAUCUUUAAUAGGCUCUGUUCUGGGUCCUGUUAAAGAAAUCAGGGGAUACGCCACUGUAUAAUAUUCUCCUUCAAAUAGCCUGGAUCUCGCUGUAAAGAUUUUUGCAAGGUGCUUCAGCUAUCAAAAGGGCAAAACGAGGGAGAAAUGUUGCAGGGAAGCAGGCACUGAGGCUUCAGUUAAAGGUAACAACUGUCUGAGAGCCUAAAAGACAGAACGACCUUUAUUUUGUUUGCCUUUCAGUGAGUUCAUUGGUGCUGUAGCUGUGUCUGCUCGCUGUUCUCUGAAAGCCUGCAUGUGGUUGUUUCAGCUUUCAUAUAUAGAUACAUGUAUGACGAGCAGGUUGUGGAUGUCUUCCUCCUGAGGGGAGGAGGACACUUAUUUAACCAAACACAAAACUGGGACUGGGAUCUAGUCUCUUUAAUACAUCUUUAUAAGGGUUACGCAUUUAACUGUAUUUAUUCAGGAAAUGCAGGUGGUGGUUUUUGUAAUAAUUGUUAUCAUCAGUAUUGUGUUUCUUGCAGCCGUGCCAUAUAAAACACGAGAAACCCUAUGCACCCUUAUCAAUAGUACUCAGUUACCAAAGUAGAAGUCCACAGGGCAUAAAAGGAAGUGAGGGAAACCAGUUAUCUCUGCAUUCCAGAUAUAUAUUUUUACAUCCGGUGAAAGCAGUGCAACGUUAGUAUAUCUGAACCCACUCGGAGAUUGUACUUAAAUUAAAUUUUUCAGGUAGUUUACAGUAGCAGUGUCAUUUUGUCACCUUUUUGAUUUUCAUGUUUAAGUUCUUCAGAGUGAUUUUUAAAUCGUGAUUGUCAUUACUCAGGCACUUUAAAGUGAUUGACAUCUGUCAGUACACCUAAUGCGUGAUCAGGCAUUAGUUUAAUAUUUUUUGCACAAGGCUGAAAUCCUGACUCCCCCGCGACUCCCCCACCCACUGCACAAUCUUAUACCAGCCAUGACAGGCUGUUGAGACAUUGGGGGGGGGGUGCGUUUUUUUUGUUUGUUUUUUUUUAAAGGCACAUAUUCCAACUCGCAGCGCCACAUGUUCAUGAGGAACAAUUAUACUGGCUCCUGUGAACCACCCCCCAGUUUACCUCAGACAGCCCCCUUUCCUCAAAGAAAACAAACAAAAAAGAACUUACCCAGCAAACUUUAUCUGAUAUCAUUUUACUGCUUCAGACUGCCAACAAACCUUUUGCUGUGAUGGCUGUAAGCUUGUACAGGGGCAGUGUUUCACUCAAGUCAAAGUUCUGCCACCUAUGCUGACAGCUUUGGCUUCAUGGGUCCAGUCUAGUAAUGAAAUAGUACCUCACAAAAGCUUUUUUUGCAUGCUACUUUUCCCGUGAAGUCAUUUUAGACAUUAAUCAUUGUCUUUGAAAAAAAAAAGUGUCAAAACUUGUUUAAAGUCACAGAGUUAUACAGGAUAUUUACAAAUGUUGAAGUCAUAAAAUUAGCAGUGUCUACUAUGUGUAAAGCUUGGUAACAUACAGACCAAGAAGGACCAUAGCAGUUAAGCCCAAAGGUUAGUCCCUAUGAAUUUAAACCUUUUAUUUGUAAGAGGUAACAAUUUAAUUUCACCACUCAGACACUAUAAAAUCUCACUUUAAAGAUCUGCCCAAAAUACCCUUUGUAGCUGCGUGUCCUUUUCCCCCCACAUCUGACCCUCCUGGCCUUAUUGGAAAAUAGCCUUGACAGCUGUUUAACGCACAUUCGUGGCUACUUUAAGACAGUUCCUAGCUGGACUUAAACUGAAAAAGCUAGCCAAGUCCAUCCAAGAUUUGAGUCGUGGUGGAGGAAAAUAUUUAGCUUGGAAACAGCUAGCCACACCAGAUGUAAGAGAACAGAGGGCCACUUUUUAGUGGUGCAUUCCUGUGAAACCUUGUAGAGAAGAUGGAUGUCUGCAGGUGUGCCUCGUGGUGCAGGCUUACUGGGAGCAGAGCUUCAAAAUUUCAUGUUCCACCCACAAAGCCUCAGAUUCAGUCUGGGCACAAGUACAUGACCAGCUCUUAAAACAGCUGGUCUGCUGAUUCAGGAAGAUCACACAUGGCCAUAAACUCUAUAUUUUUAAUGUAAAUACCAUUAUGUGUGAGUCAAUAUAAACGUAAUGUACAAUUGGAAAAUGUAAAAAAAAAAAAAAAAAAAAAAAAAUUGUAUACUGUCGUUAUGCUGUUUGUCUGGAAACUUUUUUAUUACACGUUUUUAUAUACUUAGUGUUGAUUGUGAUUUUUUGAAAUUUGUUUUUAAAGUGCUUACUGCAUUUCAUUUGAAUACUUCUGUAUCAUAAUGCUUCAGUCUGACAUCUGACUCUCUGUACACAUAUAUAUACAUGCAGUAUAUCAGUGUUAUUGUAGUUUGAUAGACAAAACAUGAAAUCAUAAAGAAAUCAAAUUCAUUUUUAUGUAUAAUAAUCACACUCCACUGAAUAUGAGUACACUGGUAUUGCAUGAAGACUCUUAAAUAAAGAAAACCUUUGAAAUUG